ACGAAAAUACCAAACAUGCUAGCGUUAUUUGGACGAAUAUGAAUUAGAAGACAAAUGUAGCCUUAGCCUUGGCAAUACAACUAUUUGAGGAGGAGACCUUUGAUGAUGACUUACUCAUCAUUGCAUGUAGUAAGUUAGGAGCAGUGUGUAAUGUUUCUUUGCUGUUUCGAAAAGAGGAUAGGCAGCGGCAUUUCAGAUUAGGUCAAUUGUGCGGUGAAGAAUGGAUCCAGUAUUAUUUAGACUUCGAUUUUCACCGACUGUUUCGGAUGCGCAAGGAUACUUUUAUAGAACUUGUCAAUGUUAUUGCUCCAAUAUAUAUGCCUAAAAUGCAACGUGGUGAUGCCCCUGUUAUUACAGUUGAUAAAGCAACACUUAUAGCUCUGUGGUAUCUGGCUGGUCAGUCAGCAAUGGAGAAUGGACCUGGCAGGUUUGGUGUAGCCCCUUCUACAAUAUAUCAUGAAGUUCAUCGUAUCGUUGAUAUUCUUUGUGCAUUAAGUCAUAAAUUUAUAGUAUGGCCUGAAGAGAAUGAAUGUGCAGCAAUAAGACAACAAUUCUAUGACAGAGCAGGGUAUCCAGGAGUGAUUGGUGCCAUCGACGGUUGUCACGUUACUGUACUUGCUCCCGCUAAUGAUCAGGAUUCGUACGCGGACAGGAAGAUGAAUCAUUCUAUAAUCUUGCAAGGUAUCUGUACGGCUAAGAAAAUAUUUACCAACGUUUCCAUUGGUACACCAGGAUCUUGUAACGACUGUCGUGCUUUGAGAUAUUCAACUUUCUACAAAAAAGUUACACAGCAAGGGUCUGAAAGCUUAUUCUACAAUCCCAACAAUUAUCUUAUUGGUGAUAAGGCCUACCCUAACAGAACAUGGCUUAUGGCACCUUAUAAGGACUAUGGUAAUCUCACUCUGACACAAAGGCGCCAUAACUUUGUCCAUAGUUCAACAAGAAUUGUCAUAGAACACGCAUUUGGACUUCUGAAGGGACGGUGGCGAUGCCUGCUGGGGUUGAGGCUCAAACAUAUUGGCAGGGCUAUAAACUUUGUUUUAGCAUGUUGUGUGCUCCAUAAUUUCUGUUUCCUACAUAAUGAUUCUGUCAUUCAAGACAUGGUGCAUGAUGAUAGAAGGAUGCAACAGCAAGACGUAAGGGAAUAUAAUGAUGCAGUAAAUGCAAACAUUGCUAAACAGAAAAGGGAUCGCAUUGCCAGCUUAUUAUGAUAUUUAUAUUAUGAUUUUAUAACUUGAAAUUCAUUCUUUUCACAGAGGAUUAAGAAAUAAAUUUAUUUUAAAAAAUUAAA